UCUCUUUGCGGCGGACAGCGGAGAUUCCAGCCGACCAUCGUCCGUCAAGGUUACGCCAUCUCAGCCAUAAUAUCGGGGAAUCUUCCUCCCUGCACCGCUCUAAAACCCUUCCUCUCCCCUCUUCCUUGAUUCUUCCUCUCUGUCUCACUCUCUGAUUUAUUUCUCAAAAUGUUUUUUUGUCAUUGCGUGAUUUUAGCUUCUUGGAUGACUCUUAUGAAUACAGAGGAGGAGGAGAGGAAGAAGGAGAAGUAGAGAAAUCGAUUGGGAGAGCGAGGGAAAAGUCAGCAGAAAUGCCUCCGUACGACUGUCUGCUGCUGGUGAAGCCCCAGGUGCGGAAGGAGGCGCUCUUUUUAUGGACCUGGUGGCCCGCGUGGGGAUGCGAGUCUACCAGCGGAACGCCGUAAUCACCGACGUCAAGUCCAGCUUGGUUACGGCAUCAAGAAGCUCGACGGCCGCCUCUACCAGAGCCAACCAAUAGAGAUGACUAUGAUUGGAAACCCACAUUUGAUAAGGAAGAUCGUCUACUGCAAUGGCUUGUUGUGAAACACUGGAAUGCUAUAUGGAUUGGAAUUUAUUAACGAGGACGAAGGGAGAGAUGUUCCGAAGUGAUCGCUUGUACAAUAAGAGAGAUGACGAUGACGACGAUGAUGAUGACGAUGGCGAUGAAGAAUAUGAUGUGGAAUGGGUAGCAUACCCGGAAUACGGAACAGAUGAAGAGGGCAUCAAGAACUCUCGAUAUGAAUGUGUGGAGUUCCCCCAAUGAGAGACACAUUUACCGUGAGUUUGCAGUCGAAUAUGAUAUUUUUUGUCUGAAACGAGUGUGAAAUGUAUGUAGUAGUACCACAGUAACAACCUGUACUAGCAGGAGAGAUUGCGGUACGCUCACCCACGGCCAGAAAAAUUGGACCCCGUCAUGUUUACAAUUUGACAUCAAAAUGGAGCUGCCUGUCUUUUACGAAACUCCAAACAAUUCCUAUCCUUACAAAUCACGACCCACCGCCAAGGCAUCAUCUUAUCUAAUCUUCUUCAUUCCACAUGGCUAGCAGCCAUUUGCCAUUCCUUCUCACCAUCACAAACCCAACAAGAAGUCGGACAAACUUACCCCUUCCUUCCCUCGGGAAACUUCUCUGCGUCUUUGAGCUCGCAAGAUCCCCAUGGAAUGAUGGCAUCUCGACUGUUUUGCUAACCUCCGCUUGCUGUUCCCUCUUCAGGCGCCUGGGAGACCAAGAUAAUUAUGCCAUGGAAGUCCUCAAUGCAGCAGGCCUGGCACCAGUAGCCUCACUCCACAAGGCCACUCCCUCCCUCGAGAGGAGACCCGAGCCUAGGCGGCUCCUCCAAUUCAGGCUCCCCAAGCUUGCAGCCCUCUCCUCGAUUUUUGGUGCUGGUGGCCUUGCCAAGGCCUUGACCUACGAGCAAGCUCUCGACCAGACCGUCGGCAGCUCCUCCCUCGACUUCGAUGUGGGAGGUCUCCUCGAUGGGAUUGUGAAUUUUGGGACCGAGAAUCCCCUGCUCCUCGGCGGUGGCGCCCUGGUACUAGCGGUGCCCCUCAUUCUGUCGCAGAUCCUGAAGAAGCCCAAGAACUGGGGCUUGGCGUCCGCCAAGAGUGCCUAUGCUAAGUUGUCCGAGGACGGGAACGCGCAGCUGUUGGAUAUAAGGGAAGGGAAGGAUUUCAAGGAGGUGGGCAGACCGGAUUUGAGGGGAUUGAAGAAGAAGGCGGUGGCGAUCGCGUAUGGAGGGGAAGACAAGCCGGGGUUCCUGAAGAAGCUCGAAUCGAAGUUUAAGGACCCAACCAAUACCACCUUGUUCAUUCUCGACAAAUUUGAUGGUAAAUCUGAAUUGGUUGCGGAACUGGUCACCGUCAAUGGUUUUAAAGCAGCUUAUGCGAUAAAAGAUGGUGCAGAAGGACCUCGGGGAUGGAUGAAAAGUGGUCUUCCAUGGGUGGAACCAAAGAAGACUUUAACUCUUGAUUUUGGUGAUCUAAAGGAUGCAGUUACUGGUGGAUUUGGAGAUGGUUUAGAUGGUCUUCCAAUUACUCUUGGACUUGCAGCUGCCACUGGCUUAGGUAUAUUUGCUUUUACAGAGAUAGAAACUCUGCUCCAGGUUUUAGGGUCUGCUGCUCUUGUUCAGUUAUUCACCAAAAGAUUCUUGUUUGCAGAAGACAGGAAGGUUACUCUUCGACAGCUUGAUGAGUUCUUGAACACCAAGGUCGCUCCUAAAGAACUAGUUGGCGAGAUUAAGAUGAUUGGCAAGGCUCUCCUACCAGCAGAUACUAAUGCGAAGGCUAGUCUACCAGCUCCCACAGAUGCUUCAGCAGCUCCUGCUCCAACUCAAAAAACUGAUGCUGUAACCUCAACUGAACCUCUCCCAGCAGUCAACUCAGUUCCCAAAGCUGAAGUCAAGGAAGAGUCACCUCCUGUGACACCGAGACCUCUUUCACCUUACCCAUAUUAUCCGGAUCUCAAACCUCCAUCUUCACCUUCUCCGUCACAGCCAUAGAGGAUCUGCUUCGUUAUGUUGGUUUCAUGGGAUCACUCUUCUCAAAUGCAUGGUCGGAUGACAGAGCGUUCAGCAGGAAAAGAUGUUUGGAAGGCCAGAUAUCCUCAAAUUGGUUGAUUUAAGAUAUAGUUCUAAAAAGGAUAAUUACAUAUGUAAAUUGUUCAUCGAUAAGAACUGUUACAUGCAUUUUCUUCCCUUGGUUUUCUUCAUGGAAAGCAGAAAACAGUUCAUGUGCUUGUUACUUGAGAUACCUCUUCGAGUUUUGAGUUCUGAUAAAAAAAGGAUCAAAUAUGAGUUAUCGGGAGUGUGUUAUGGAACAUUUUAUGAAGAAUGGAUACUAACUUUCAGGAA